UUGGCGGAACAGUGAUACGCAGACACUCCGAGUCUGCGGCAUAUGAUACCCACAAUGCACUCAUGCACGAGUUCAGGACACAGGAGACUGCACCCUUGAACCAUUCUCACUAUCAAAUUUCUCACUCGACCCAGACGUCCAAUGAAGCAUUCCAAUACCUCACACGAACCGGCUGCCAGUUUCUGGUUACUGGCAAUGGAGAGAGCACAUUCCCGAGCGCGGAUAUUUUCCAGCCUGGAGCUGGAGCCAUCAGCGCCCCAUUGCGCUUUGCGCUGGAGACAGAUUUGAUAAGUAUCGGAGAACCUGCAAAGACGAUGUUGGAUUGUAUUCAAGCCAAGGUGAAAUCUAUCCGAAACGCACGAUGAUAGCACAUCCACUGCACCAAAGCUUGCAAUAAAGCUUGCGAAUUAGCUGAACGCUAUUCAGUAACAAAUGCGCCAUUUAAAAGCGAGUGUUCAAGCUUACAACGAGACUACAAAACUGCGUCAU